AUGCCUAAACAAGCAUCAACACAUUUUUUAGUUAUACCAAAAGAACCUAUUACGCAAUUAUCAGCAGCUACACCAUCAAAUAAACAAGCAGAUCAAAAUAUUUUAAGAUCAUUUGAAGUUUUCGGUUGUUUUUUUUUGGUCACUCUGACAUUUAUUAGUUGUUGCUACUCAAGUUGCUAAAAAAACUAGGUCUUAAUGAAGAUAGCUAGUUUUAUUUUUAUGUCUACCAAAGAAAAACAUACUUUAUUCAUAGUGGUUUUCGUAUAUAUCGUUUAGUAUUGAAUCUAGCAUUAAAAAAUGACUGUUUUUUUUUCGUAGAUUUUCAGCUAAUAAAAACUCUCAAACGAUUUCUGAAAUAAUGAACAAUAUAUUUAAAAAAAUCAACGUGCGUAUCAUAGAACUUUUAAAUAGAUUUAUGAGUUUAUCUUAGAGUGUAAUGGCAUCUAUUCUCUAUUGACAAUACAGUGUCUUAAGGAAAUAUUUAACAAACAAGUAUCAAAAAUAGUUUAUUUGACAAGUCAAAAUUCUCUGUGAACUAUCAUUCUAUACAUUUAAUUCUUUGUUUUGAGUGAAAGAAUGUGCCAGGAUUAAAGCUCAUGGUUUCCAAGAUUUUCAGACUUGGUCCA